AUGUCACUUGAAGAAGUUUCCCAGAGACCGAGUUCUGCGUCAUCGAAAGAGCACAUUUAUUCGACCGAGAGAGAGGCUUCCUCUCGACUUACAGCACGCUUAGAACGAUCGGUCAAUAAGCGAUCACGGGCAAAACAUCGAGUUAACUAUCAUGAUUCCUCUGCUCCAAGCCGCAGACGGGAACCACAUCAGGAUUACGGCCAGAGCAAUAAUAUGGAGAGCGGAAAUCAGAGAGCUCACCGCGAAAACGAGUAAGUUCAUUCUCUUUCUUUCGUGUUAGACAAAUCGAAUUGUUACCCCAUAAUGCGAGUUGUUAUCAACGGAUAAGCACACUAAUUGAUUACCCCUAAAGAUGUAUUUUUCCUUGUCUGGGGUUUCACCUUCAAUCGAUGAAACGUUAUUCGAUACGGAAUGUAAGUGAUCGAUCGCAGCAGUCUAUCAAAGUCUUAUUUUAUUUUAAUGAUUAUUUAUUUAGCUUUCGAAGCUGAAAAUCGAGGGAGUCUUUUUACAGAAGAAAGCUUCUUACACACUUUGUUUGACAAUGUUUAUUUUCAAAACAAAUCGGUAAUUUUUUUCGCCGUUAUGUAACAACUUAUACACUGCCUUUGGCUCGGUUUAUUAUGCUUAUCAGAAGUUAUUUUUAUUCACCUUAACGAAUGUUACGGACGACAAGGUCACGUUAACAUAACACUUAUGGCUCAUUCUAAUGGCUAUUAGUCACUUCCUGUUUUGAACAACCAACAAUGCCUUAUUGAUGGCUGGGUUUUAACGCAGUAGGCACAUAGACAAGUCUGAACUUGUUUGAUAAAUGUACCUUUUCAAUAAUUAUAGUCUUUUAGAAAUUGGUGGUCAAUCUUUUAUGAUGCCAAAAAUAUCCAGAAUUUCUAUUUAAAGACAACCAGUGAAAUUUAUCAUAAAUCUAUUUUUGACCUUAAAGGUUUUGUUUUUUUUCAAUAUUAUUGAGAUAUUUUUUGGGUUGGUAAAUUAUUUUUGUUUGAUGCAUAGUGUCAAAGAAUUCACUAAGAAAACCAGUGCUUCCAAAUAUCAAAAAAAAAAUCAUUCUUAAUUGAAAUAAUUUGUACUUGAGAGAUGUUGUUUUAAAUGUGGACGUUUUAUACACCUUCAUGGAAAAACAUACAUGUUUCCUGAAGGUUAAUUGGGGAUGAAUUUAUAUCUUCCUAUAUUAGUGUGUCUGCAAUUAAGUCACUAAUGAAUAUGUUGAUGUGUAUUUAAUUAUAGUCUGUUGUCAUGCAAAAAUGACCCAAUUCAAUUUCUAAGUGAAUUACCUUUGAUGCCAAUUAACUUUGUGUUAACAAACAAAAUUUGAUGUUAAAGCCAUUUCUAUGUGUAUCCCUUUUGGCUGUUUUCAGUGUCUUCAUUCAAGACUUUCCUCCCUACAAAGGGGAGCCUUGCAUGACAACACAGGAAACAGCUGUGAGGGAGACUAGUGCUAAACUGUGGAGCUGGAAAUGUUCACACAACGGAACUCAUUUCACUGCAGUUUAUUAACCCAUUCAUUACUGUUUACCUUUGUUUCAAGAGUGUUGCAUUAGAAUGUUAAACCCAGUAUCAAAUUAAUGAGUAUAGGAAAUGAUAUUAGUAUGAAGGGUAAUCAUGUCUGAACAAGCUUAUUGUUCUCUGCCCAUAUUGCAUGACCCCUGUUAAGACAAGAAUGCAUUCCACACAUGUUGUUGCAAGCAUGCUGGAUUCUGAGCAGGCAAAUUUAGAACAGGUUGCAAAUUAUGUACAAAAGGCAAGUAUGCUUGUAUGGCAUUUAAUAUUUCACUAAAGAAAAAGGGAAUGAAAUUUUGCCCUGCAUUAUUAAAUGAUUUAACAGAAAUACAUUUUCUGUAGGGUUCAAUGAACAGCACAAAGUCCAGCAAGUUGAAGUGGUUCUUGAAUGAUAAAUGUGCCUUUUACUUGCUAAACCAACAUCUUGUCGAUCAAUGUUUUUCCUAUGCUAUGUUCCUUUAGUAAUUCAGCGUUUGAAAAUUUGAAAACUUGCCAAGCCAGUAAUGUUUAUAGAUAUGAGCUGAGUUGAAGUAUAGCAAGCAAACUAAGGGGCAUUGAGAUGUGCAGCCUGUGUGAGGAAAUUAAAUGGAGAAGUGUGUUAAUAUGUUAUGAGGCUUGCUCACCUAGAAUUCCCUUAACUAAUAGCUUUGGCUGUUCCUUGCGUUAUUGUAAGAGUAAAGAAAUCACAGCCCAGAGCAGCUGAAUUUUGUUAAGAAACGCUUUUUAUUACUGUGCCAUGACAUGUCACGUCAUCUUGUACUCUUACAAGAGCUUAUUGUGUGCUUGUCAGGCUUUUAGUGUGUGUAUAUUUGUUGCAUAGACUUGCUGAAUGGUCAAGCUAUCCAAUAUUUGUACAAUUACAUAUACUGAGUGGUGGGUAAAGACAGCUAUCUUGUCUGGUGGUUCUCUUCUCCAAGGUGUACCUUAAUUUUUAAAGUAUAAAGCUUUUAGCAGUAUUGUUGCUCAUUGGAUUAGAUGCAGAUACUGCUUACAUAGGAGUCCAUUGUAGGUUACCACUCUUCCCCCCUCUUCCCUGUAUCUUUCAGUGCCCCUCUCCAUGGUGGAUUAUAUAGGGAUGACAGUAAAUUGGCAAAGAAACUGACUUAAUGUCAGGGGGGGGUGACUGUGUGAUGGACUUGAUACCCUUUGGAGGGGGAGGGUGGCAGGGAGUGUCAUUGUCUUAAAUACUUCAUCUUUCAAUUGUAGAAGUACUUAUGAUGUUUUCUGGCUCAGCAGGUCUCUGAGAAAAGUGCCACCCUUCUACGAUCACAGGCAGGAUGGCAGUCAACAGUUCUACAGAAAAUCUGAUACUGGCGACAUGAGAAAACAUGGUCGACCUCAGAGCUGGUACGGAGCUGAAAGUCCGGAAAGAAAAUUCAAAGAGAGACCACAAAGCAUACAUGAAAUAUCUUUGGAUCGAAACAAUCAGAAGAACAACUGUAUUCCUGGGCGUGAUUACCAUAGCUUCUCAAACGAUACACGUUCGUCGAAAUCUGGUUAUAAAAGCACUGGCUUCAGAGACCGUAGAAGUAGACAUUUUGAAUUGUCAAGGUCGUUGUCGUCGAGUUUCAGCUCCCAAGUGGGGUCCUCUGCGGAUGAGGGUGAGAGGGACCGUCAUGGAGUUGACUCCGCAUAUGACAUGACAGAACGAUCCCCAUAUGGGUCCCUUGUACUAAGGCGUUUUAGCCAAUCAAGUUUAAGCUCCUCUAGUGCGUCUUGGCAACAGUCCACGAACUCAUUGAGUCACCAUGCCGUAAGAGGUCACGGGGGAUCUGGGUCACAAGGCACCAGUUCUCCAGAUAAGUUCCACAGGCACAGAGACCAUCAACGCCAGACAGUUCACAAAGAAGUUUACUUAAAACAAUCUCCGAAGAUUUCCGAACACAUUUCGACUACGAAUGCAACCUUUAUCUCUGCCGCACCAGUGACCCAGUACUCGGGUCACGCCAUUCGCGUCAACGCUCAACCUCAUCGGUCACACAAUUCUCAUGUUUUCGUUCAAGCUACGCCUUACUCUUCUGGUCAUCAUGUCACGACAUCUGUUCCAAGUCGGUUAUACAAUCACAACGUCACAGACUCCGCCAACAACGUUUCUCAGGUGUACCCUUCUGUCACGCAAGUUUCAUCCACACCUACUCAAUCGCCACGAAAUUCUUGGACGCGAGAUGAUGAAGACACCACUGGACAACUGAGCCCGUCAGUGAAAGAUUUAGCGAAACGUUUCAGCGGCGAAUUUUCCACGGAAUCAUUUGAGGAACUGCACGAAAUGAAUGAUAGAGAACGGAGGCGCGUAAAGGCUCAAACAUGGCCCAAGUUUGCGUAUGUCCACUCUCCGAAGGAUCGCAUUACCCACGGUGAACAAGACCAUGGCCACGAGGUUGCACCGCCAAAACCCCCGUAUCCACAGAGUUUAGUAGAAGACAUGGCUGUUGUAGAAACGACUAUUGAGUCAAGGAUUAGCAGAAACGAAGCAGAUGGUCCCUUACGAGCGCCUGAUAAGGGUUACACAUUGACAGCGCAUGGUCAGUGGAGUUACAUUAACGGCUCUGUAAGCGCUGAUAUGCUCGCCACGCAUCGCUUAAGUCUUCAGGAGCUUAUCAAACUGCAUGAAAACGAAAUAGCCAAACAUGCCAAGAGCGCCAAGGCGACUGCGCAUGCCCAGAUUUACCUGAAACGCCCCGUUAACGAAAAGGCGCGAAACGCGCAAAGCCCACAAACGUCACCGCGAGAGCUGUCAAGGGAUGGGAACUGGGCUGGGUCAUCUCCGACUGCUCACAAACAAUUUUCAGUCGUGAACAGAGUUGUGGAUGGCAAGCAAGCCGUAUCUCAGUAUGAGCCAGUCGAAAGAACGCCGAUAAAGGUGAUUGAAGUCACCGAUAAGGGCGGCACGCCGUCAGUUAACUCUGAAAUACGAGAGCGAUCCCCGAUCAAAGGCAAAAGGCAUCGUACAAUCGGCGUUGUCGGGUUCCGACAACAGAUUGAUCGCGUUACCGAAGAAAAAGCCGAGAAUAAACCGAAGCGUCACACAGCGAUCGGGAUUGUGAGUGUCAAGGCUGUGGACACAUUAGAACGUCAGUUGGUGAAAGAGGAGACCUGUGUAGUAAGCCACGCUGGCUAUGGGGUGAACAAGAUUCCAGAGAAAGGGCUUGAAAGCUUGGACAGUGAACAGAGAAACAACAACGUUGUGCUUAACCAAGAUUCACGACAACCUCCCACAAGCACGAGGGUAAAAAAACGUAAAGAAUUCGACAGGACGGGGAGAACUGACUUGGAAGACAAGGACAUCCAUGAUGAGGUUUUCGAGCGUAAUGAAACAUCCAUACAAUUCGUUCGCUCGGAAGGAGUCGUUCAAACUCGGCCGGAAUCCGAGCAUAACCGAGAGCGUAAGACAGCGAGAUCUGAAGAACUCACAAAGGGCGAAGGAUUGACUAGGAUCACAGUUGCUUCUUCGGAAAAACCGGGUCAACCUGUUGAGCCGAUAAGCACCCAGUCUACGAGCUUACGGAACGACGGUCGCACGUGGAACGUUCCAGUUUCAGGCCGUGCGCACAAUUAUCCCAAACCUUACGCGAUGUCUAAGGCUGUACCAGUCGCGCAGGUUUCGCCUGUUAGUCCAGCCCUUGAACUGUCUUCUAGAGCUAAUCUUACAAAGGAUAACUUCACGGAACCUUUACCACUUUCUAAGUCUCAAUCUGCUCGAGAAAUGUACGAAACGAGACUUGCCUUGUGGAAUUUGUAUCCUCCUGAUACUAGCCCAGCUAUACAUUCAUCGGAAACUUCAGGAAAUACGCCCCUAGAUGAGAAAAUUGGUGUUGAAACAGAGCGAAAUAAUUUAGGAUCAAUAAAGGCUUUGGAUGCACCGGAAGAUAGAAUGAUUCACGAUAAUGAAACGAAGAACGAACCGAGAGGUUUCGCGAGGCCGAACUUGGAAGAAUAUUAUUCGAAAUUUAUAGAGAAGUUAAAAAAUGAAAACAAGGAAUUGAUCGCGAAAUACGAAAUGGAGAAGAGAGAAUUGAGGCAGAAAUACGAGGAACAAAGAAAAGUAGCCAAUGCUUAUCAAAAGCUAGAAGACAGGUACAGACGUCGCGUGCACGAGUUACAGGAAGCCCUCGCCGGCUGCACAUGCCAAAGCCCAUUCGUGAAUCAAAAUCACGUUAAAGCACCACAAAGUGUGACCACAAGGUGAGUCGUUGAAGUAAACUGUGUACAUCUUUCUAACUUGAGCGCAGGCCCUGCUCAGUGCGUCGUAAUAUUGGUAUUUGGAGGUUUCGUUCCAUCGCAAGUUCACUUUGCACUAGCUUGCGCCUAUGUCGAGAAGUUCAGCCCGUUCGUUACGACAAGUUCUUCCCUUCCUUUAUCAGUGCGCCCCCAAAUCUUCGAAUCGUUUCGCAACAGAAGAAAGUUUUCCCUAUCUGAUGAAUUCGACCUAAUCGGAUCUUUUCUAAGACGUUUAUUAUUCCCCUCCUCUUAAGAUAAAGCACGUCCCACCGCAAAGAAACUCGGUGAAAAUUUUGGGGCGAGCGGGUUUUACUCGGUGGGGCUGUUGAGGUCGUGUUGAUGGAGGCGAACAGGUAGGGGCAAAUUUGCUAUGGCGUCCUCCAUAAACCGCAAUAUUGCGCGAGAUACUUUAUGAUACGUUCUGUCUCUUUGAAGGAAAUCUGGAAGUUCCUUGUUUGAGGCCCAAACUCUGUAUGGUGUUCUGCAGGGAAACACCUUAUAAUUAGAAAGCCUCUGUCCACCCAGGGGUACAAAUGGGUACCAGCGAACUGUCGGGACAUCUCAAUGAAAUACCGUAAACUACGAUGUGCUAGUUUCUUAUCAAGGAAAAUGAUAAUACUUCUAGAUGAGAUUACAGUUCAUUGCAGGUUACUUCCCAGUACUUCUCAUCAGUUUUACCUGAGAAAAAGACCACUACCCAUUUAUACUCCUCAGUGGAGACAGUCGCCGGUAGAGUAAAGAAUCUUGCUUAGGAACACAACAAGAUGAUCCGGUUAGGGCUCGACCCAGUCCUCUAGUCAUCAGGCCACAGCGCCUGCCACUUUCUGUUCAAGGUGUAAACUUUAUUUACUUAUUUAUUCAUUAUACUUCUCUGCCUUUUAGAAGCGACAAGGAAGGUGACAGGUCUAUCGUCUCAAGUAUCAAAGGGCUAAAAACACUCGACGAUCUAGAAGACUGGUUGAGCGAAAACUCAAAAGACAACAGUGCCUCUAGAAAGAACAACAACACAGAGAGUAGAAACAGUUUAAUCAGCAGUUCGUCCGACAUGACGGGAACCGCGUCCGCCUGGGACGAGCUCUAUGAUCGGCUUAGAGCCACAGGUGAGAUUGAUGUGGAGAAUGGUACGCAUGUCUGAUGUAACAGUUCAGCGCCAUUUUGGAUUUGGUAGUGACGAGCCUGUUAACUUUCAAACACCCUCGUUAUCAAUGGUCAGCGGAAAAUGGCGUUACCGCGGCACCAGCCGUGGCUUACAAAGAGUAACACAUGGCGGUCAGAUGCAAAAGAGCGAGAGAACUGAACGAAUUUUAGGUGAAAAUCAUACGAACUUUUGUCAUUUCAAGGUUGACUGUGCGGUCAACAACAAGUUUUUACUUGUCUCGGUCCUUGCCUUAACCAGGUGAUAUUUCAGGCUGUUAGACGCGCAGGCGUUAACAAUACUUUCAUUUUCAGUAACUCUCUUUCAGUGAAAUACUUUCAUUUGGCAAUUUUGGCGGGAAUUGUGGCCUCCGUAAAGUAUGUACUAGUGUUUCUCGUUCAAAGCCCUUUGGGGUAAGCUCCUUUCCACAUUUUCCGGCAAGCUUUCACAGACCAUUGCGAUUGAGAUAUUGAGGUUAGUUUUUGGUUCAAAAAAUGGUUGUUGCUCGUUUCAAACGCUUUUAGAGUUAGCUAAAGGAUACGUGAACAGGUAUAUGCGAGAAGUGGCCUUGGGCUCUCUUUUAUCGAUAUUUUACCUCUUUCUUUUACGCUGUCAGUCUCUAAGACUAGCGAGUCGUUUUAAUUAAUUGAUAAACACAAAAAUGCCGUAUAUUUUGAAAAUUAAGAGUUUAUGAUAAAUUUUAAAAUAAUUAUCUAAAUGUGAGUUCUGUGAAAAUCAAGUCAAUCCAAUGAGAGGGAAAAGGUUUUGUGAAUAUAUG